AUGAACGUGAAAAUAGCACCACUGGAUCAACGUUUCGUUGUUCACAAGUUGCGGGGUCACGGUGCCUAUAGUUCACUUUAUGCCAGUAAUUCCGUUGUAUAUUGUCUACCAUAUUGCCUUUUAUCCAUAAGAAAACAUGAUACACUACAGAAUCCGGAAGAAGCUUCUUCUAUUAAUGGAUACAACAGACAGGUGUACACAUGGGUUACUCCAAAGGGACGUGAAUGGAAUGGAAGCGGACAGUUGAGAAAUUGGAAAGGACAACAAUUAUGUCAAGGUCUCAUUUGUUGA